CCCACCCCCCCGGGACCCCCCGGGACCCCCUCGGGACCCCCCGUGACCCUCCGGACCCCCGCCAUGGAGGACGUGACCCCCCCGGACCUCCUGCCCUUCCUGCUGCAGGACUGGGGCGCUCAGGAGGCGGGGGGGGCGGCGCCGUUCGUGGAGAUCCUGGAGCAGCCCAAGCAGCGCGGGAUGAGGUUCCGGUACAAGUGCGAGGGGCGCUCGGCCGGGAGCAUCCCCGGGGAGCACAGCACCGAGAGCACCAAGACCCACCCCACCAUCCGCGUGAACAACUACCGGGGCCCGGGGCGGGUGCGGGUGUCGCUGGUGACCAAGGACCCCCCCCACCGCCCCCACCCCCACGAGCUGGUGGGCAAGGACUGCAAGGACGGCUUCUACGAGGCCGAGCUGUGCCCCGAGCGCAGCAUCCACAGUUUCCAGAAUUUGGGGAUUCAGUGCGUGAAGAAGCGGGAGCUGGAGGCGGCCGUGGCCGAGCGGAUCCGCACCAACAACAACCCCUUCAACGUGCCGGCCGAGCAGCGCGGGGGCGAGUACGACCUGGCCGCGGUCAGGCUCUGCUUCCAGGUGUGGGUGAGGGGCCCGGGGGGGCUGCGGCCCCUCCCCCCCGUCCUGUCCCAGCCCAUCUACGACAACCGUGCCCCCAGCACGGCCGAGCUGCGCAUCUGCCGCGUCAACCGCAACUCCGGGAGCUGCCGGGGCGGGGACGAGAUCUUCCUGCUGUGUGACAAGGUCCAGAAAGAGGACAUCGAGGUGCGUUUCUCGGCCGAGGGCUGGGAGGCCAAGGGCUCCUUCGCGCAGGCCGACGUUCACCGCCAGGUCGCCAUCGUGUUCCGCACGCCGCCCUUCCGGGACCCCGCGCUGCGCGCCCCGGUCACCGUGCGCAUGGAGCUGCAGCGGCCCUCGGACCGCCAGCGCAGCGCCCCCGUGGACUUCCGCUACCUGCCCCACCAGGGGGACCUGCAGUGCAUCGAGGAGAAGCGCAAGCGGACGCGGGAAACCUUCCGCUCCUUCAUCCAGCGCAGCCCCCUGCCCGCUCCGGCGUCCGGCGAGUCGCGGCCCCCCCGGCGCAUCGCGGUGCCCUCGAGACCCCCCCCGGCCCCCCAGAACCCCCCCAGUGCAGCUCCCUCCUUCUCUUUCGGGGGUCCUGGGGGGCUCCUGGGGGGCCCGGCCCCCCCCGAGGCGGAGCCUCUGUCCGAGGCGCUGCUGCAGCUGCAGUUUGAGGAGGGGUCCCCCCAAAUCGGGGGGGGGUCCGGCGGCGUGGCCCCCCCGUUGGAUUUUGGGGCUCUUUUGGGGGACUCCCCGUUCCCCCCCCUGGACGCCAUCAACGCCUCCGAGGUCCAGCGCCUGCUGGGCCCCCCCGAGCCCCCCCCGAGCUUCGGAGACCCUCCCCCGGAUUUUGGGGGGGGGGUUCCGGAGCUGCCCGCCCCCCCCCAGGAUUUCGGGGGUCCCCCGCCCCCCAUGCUGAUGUCGUACCCCGAGGCCAUCGCCCGCCUGGUGCAGAGCCAGCCCCCGGGGGCGCCCCCCGAAAUGGGGCUGGGGGCCGAGCUGGGGGGGCUGGGGGGGGCCGAGGACUCGCUGCCCUCCCUGGGGGAGCUGGACUUCAGCACCUUCCUCAGCCAGUUCCCCUCCUCCUGACUGGGAGCCACUGGGACGGACUGGGAGGGGCGGGCGCUGUACUGGGAGUCACUGGGAGGGUCUUAGGGGUUACUGGGGCUUACUGGGACUUACUGGGAGGUGUCUUAGGGGUUACUGGGAGGUGUCUGAGGGCUACUGGGGCUUACUGGGAGUCACUGGGAGGGUCUUAGGGGUUACUGGGAGGUGUCUGAGGGCUACUGGGGCUUACUGGGACUUACUGGGAGGAGUCUUAGGGGUUACUGGGGCUUACUGGGACUUACUGGGAGGUGUCUUAGGAGUUACUGGGGCUUACUGGGAGUUAUUGGGAGGAGUCUUAGGGGUUACUGGGGCUUACUGGGACUUACUGGGAGGUGUCUUAGGAGUUACUGGGGCUUACUGGGAGUUAUUGGGAGGGUUUUAGGGGUUACUGGGAGGUGUCUGAGGGCUACUGGGGCUUACUGGGAGUCACUGGGAGGGUUUAAGGGGUUACUGGGACUUACUGGGAGGUGUCUUGGAGGUUACUGGGAGUGACUGGGAGGGUUUUAGGGGUUACUGGGAGGUGUCUGAGGGCUACUGGGGCUUACUGGGAGUUACUGGGAGGUGUCUUGGGGGUUACUGGGGCUUACUAGGAGGGUUUUAGGGGUUACUGGGAGUCACUGGGAGUUACUGGGAGGGUGUUAGGGGUUACUGGCGCUUACUGGGACUUACUGGGAGGUGUCCUCGGGUUUAUUGGUGCUUACUGGGAGGGCUUUAGGGGUUACUGGGAUGCUUCUGGUGUUUACUGGGAUUUACUGGGAGGCUUUCAGAGGUUACUGGGAAGCUUUUGAGGGUUACUGGGAGUGACUGGGAGGCUUUUGGGGGUUACUGGGAGGUGUCUGAGGGCUACUGGGGCUUGCUGGGAGUCACUGGGAGGUUUUUGGGGUUACUGGAAGGCCUCCAGUAUUUACUGGGACUUACUGGGAGGCUUUUAGGGGUUACUGGGAGGUGUCUGAGGGCUACUGGGGCUUACUGGGAGUCACUGGGAGCUCUCUGCGGUUACUGGGAGGACGCCGAGUGCCUGCUGGGGGUUACUGGGAGCUACUGGGGAGCUCCUGGGGGGUCCCUGGGUGCCUUUGGGGGGGGUCCCCGCUUCGCCCCGCCCCCCUGGGCACAGCAGCCAAUGGGAGCGUGCCCGCCCCUCCCCCCGGCAUUAACCCCGCCCCCAUGGAAGUGCCUUUGGGGGGGAGGGGAAAGCCCCGCCCCUCCCCCCCACCCCAAUAAACGGUCUAAGGCCCGCGUGCGUUUGAUUGACAGCUGA